CGUAUAUAAAGCUUGAUCGAGAGCUAGGGUUUUAGUUUUCCAGAGCAGUGCAGGAAGCAGAGGUAAGGCCGCGCCGCGAGAGGGAAAUCCGUCAGAGUUUGCCGCCGCUGAACCAACAUGGGUAUUUCAAGGGACUCUCUUCACAAGAGGCGCGCCACUGGUGGCAAGAAGAAGGUCUGGAGGAAGAAGCGAAAGUACGAGCUUGGACGUCAGCCAGCAAACACCAAGCUCUCAAGCAAUAAGACUGUUAGGAGGGUGCGUGUUAGAGGAGGCAAUGUGAAAUGGAGGGCCUUGAGGUUGGACACUGGAAAUUUCUCCUGGGGUAGCGAGGCAGUCACCCGCAAGACUCGUAUACUUGAUGUGGUCUAUAACGCCUCAAACAAUGAGCUUGUUAGGACACAGACUCUGGUGAAGAGUGCCAUUAUUCAAGUUGAUGCAGCACCGUUUAAGCAAUGGUACCUUCAGCACUACGGUGUUGACAUUGGUAGGAAGAAGAAGACAACUUCUAAGAAAGAUGCUACUGAGGAAGGAGAUGCUGCUGCAACUGUUGCUCCUGAAGAAGCUAAAAAGAGCAGCCAUGUUCAGAGGAAGAUUGAGAAUCGUCAGAAAGAUCGCAAAUUGGAUGCCCACAUCGAGGAGCAGUUUGGUGGUGGUAGAUUGUUGGCUUGCAUUUCUUCCCGUCCUGGUCAAUGUGGUAGAGCAGAUGGGUAUAUAUUGGAAGGGAAGGAACUUGAGUUUUACAUGAAGAAACUCCAGAGGAAGAAGGGCAAGGGUGCUGGUACUGCUUAGAAGUCUCUCUACUCCAACUUAAACCCAUGUGUCGGGCACCUAGCAUUUUGUCUUUUUGAGGCUAUGAAGUAAUGGAAUGGAUACUCUUUGUUUUCACUAGCUAGUGGAACAAUGGUUGUUUUGUCAUCCUAAAUUGUGGGGAGAACUGCAGAGAUUUUGCAUUCUGGUUUUGAAGUUGGUUUCAAUUCAUUGCCCUUUCAGUUUAAGCCCAGUUCAGUUUUCCUUGCGGGAUCGAAACACCUAUUUCUAUGUUACGUUUCUCAAACUUGAAAUUAGAAAUCUAAUCAUCUUUUCUUUAGGCUACAUUUCAAUGGAAGGUUUAAACUUUGGAGCUGUGCAAUGCAUUGACAGCCUGUUUGGAAAAUUUUGAGGAAAUGGAAUUUCAAUUCUCAAAUUUUCAUGAUUCUCAUAUUUGGAAGUAAAAAAUAAAAAAGAAAUGGAAUUUCAAAAG